AUGGCGCAGUACGUCUACGAAGACCAAAGCCAGCAAGUGUUUUCGAAACCGGAAUGGGUUGCGACUGAGGGUCGCGGCUCUAUCAAUCACAACAAUGUGCUCUACUACUUUAUGCAUUCGCCAUUCUUUGAGCCUGGCUGCAGAAAUGCAGAAGUCUUUGACGACCGGAGAGACAUGGACAAGUGGAUCAGGAUCAUUGGGACGUACAAGUCAUUUCACGAGGAGAUGGCCAAGAAGCCUGGCGUCGAGUACAUCCUGCUGCACGACCCUGAAGACGCAAAUACGAUGGUAGACACGGCCAGCGGGAUUCCUGAACGGUCGUCGUUGUAUAUCAUUCGAAAGCAGCGGAGACAUAACGCCCACUCCAUUUCGCCCAUGGCAUACUACUGGUGCAUGGGCAUCCGCAUCUUCCAAGCGCCUUGUGCAGCCAACGUGCUAACGCCGAGAAUCCUUGACCUGUCGACCGCACUCAACAAAAGUUUCGAGAAGAUAGCGCAGCUCUCGGUGUUUUCUGCCACAUAUGGUCAUACGUGGGAAAAGCCAGGACAGAAGUCUGGCAAGAAAACUACGGCGGAGUUGGGACAGCAGAGCAAGGAUACGACACCAGCACCGACACAAAAUAAUGGUGCUACCGAAGGCCUCGGAUUGACGAUUGCCUCUGCAGCUAAGGACGAGGAAGGCGAUUCACGAACACUGGCGCAGGCAUUGAGAUUGACGAACCAGUAUCGAAAGGAGUACGCGGAUGAGGUGACAUUGGUGGGCGAACCAGGGAACUUUCGAUUUAGCAAGGAUAGAGGGCAAGCUGGCCUAACCGCCACUGGGCAGCCGAGGGAUGGUUCGAGAGCGGCCACUCCGCUGCAGUCCAGGGCAGCUUCUGUGGCUAUGGCUAGGCAAGCCUCUGCUUCGAGCAAGGGCGGCCGGUAG